CCUGCACGGUCUGCGUCUUCAACCCACAGUAAAAGGACGGACGAACGAACGGACUCCCCCACCCCGGAGUCAAUCUAUCCCACAUGCUGAUACUCGAUCUCCUCCAGACCAUCCUUCUGUGGAAGGCUGAGUUGGAGAACUACCUUCCGGGCACGGGUCCUGGGUCUUCGGUCGGAGGAUAUCAGUGCUCGCCGGACUCGAUCAAGACGCUGCUUCCUGCGGGGUCGAAGGUCCUCUACGCUUCUCACUAUCAGGCUGAUGCCACUUUCACGCCCCCCAAGGAGCACAAUGCUGGGGCUUUCCGGGCGUCGUCGUUUGUUCUCCCCCGGAGCGCUUGUGUCUUCCAGGCCAAUUUGACCCUCCCCGGUGAUACGCAGCAUAGUGUGGGCGUGGUGCUACCGGAUGAUUGGAAUGGGAGGUUCAUGACGGCUGGAAACGGCGGUUUCUCUGGCAGCGUUAGCUGGGGCUCUGUUGUUGAUGCUGCCUGGUACGGGUUCGCCGCUAUUUCCACCAACACAGGCCACGAAAGCUCCGGCGCGGAAUGGGCCUACCAGAACGAAGAAGCCCUCAAGAACUGGGGCUACCGGGCUAUGCACAAUGCGGUCGUGAAUGGGAAGUCUCUGACGGAGAACUACUACGGCAAAGACAUUUCUUACAGCUAUUACCGUGGAUGCUCCGCGGGUGGGAAGCAAGGCCUGAAGGAGGUCGAGAUGUUCCCUAAUGACUUCGAUGGAGUGAUUGCUGGGGCUCCCGCCUGGUGGACGACUCGCUUGCAGCUGUGGAACAUGAUCGUUGGUAUCUGGAACUCGCCUGCGGACUCGCCGCAUCACCUCUCCAACGAGCAUCUCGGUCUUCUAGCCCAGGAGGUCAUCCGCCAGUGUGAUCCCCAGGACGGAGUGAAGGAUAACAUGGUCAUGGAUCCCUCUGCGUGUGAUUUCCGACCGGAGGAACUCAUGUGUGGCGACGACGCUACGGACAAAUCAACCUGCCUGAACCCGCAGCAGGUCAAGACGGUACACAAGCUUCAUAGCGACUGGGUGGAAGAUGGAAAGUUCAUCUUCCCUCACCUCACCAUGUCCAGCGAGUAUGACUGGCGCGGCUUGGUUGCCGCCCCUGCCAACCUCGGCACCGACUAUGUGAAGUGGAUGCUUCAGUUGGGCGGAAAUUGGACGUGGGAGGACUGGAAUGCUGAUUUGAUCAAGCUUUCCGAUGAGCUCAACCCCGGCAACGCCACGGCCGAUAACUACGAUCUCUCCCCCUUCUACAACAAGGGCGGCAAGCUCAUCCAUUACCACGGCUGGUCCGACUGGUCCAUUGCCACUGGCUCGAGCAUCUACUUCUAUGACCAGGUCACCGCGGCUCUCCAGCCUAAGGGAAUCGACCUGGAUGACUUCUACCGCUUCUUCUUGGUUCCCGGCAUGGGCCACUGCGCGGGUACUUCUGAUCUCAUGAACGCCCCUUGGGCCUUUGCAGGAGACGGCCAAUCGUCCAGGUUCGGAAAGGAUGGGAGCGUCCAUAGCGUACCCGGUUAUGAGGACGCGCGCCACGACGUUGUCCUCGCCAUGAUGAAUUGGGUCGAGAACGGGACUAGUCCGGACGAGCUGAUCGCGACGAAGUUCGUGAAUGACAGGGAUCCCCAGCAGGGCGUGUACCGCCAACGGCCGCUCUGUGUUCAUCCCGCGCAGGCUCAGUAUAAGGGCACCGGGGAUAUCAAUGCUGCGGAUAGCUGGGAGUGUAAGAAGCCGUAGCUGGCCUGGAUGUAGAGUAUGGGGGAUUGAAAAGGGAGUUGUAAAUAUUAGAAAGCUCUUCUGCUUCGAACGGAAAAUGUUUCCGACAGGGGAGAGCGUUGCACAAGGAAUGAAGUUAUGCAGGCUAC